GCACCUUGGCUCAAGCACGAGCCCGGCUGGGGGUCUCGUGGUACGCUCUGUACGUAUUUCCAUGCCACCUUGCAGCUGAGCCGUUCAGGUCAAGCCCAUCAAUGGCCGGGCUUUUGUGUUUGGCUUUCCUUUUCACUGCUUCUGGCCUGGAGUUUUCCAUCAAUGCAGGCGGAAAGGUGGCAAACGUCGACGGUGAGGUGUCCUUGCUUCAGAGGGAUGUGGACAUGUCGAGAACGUCUUUGCACCCACAGCCGAUCGUGGCCUACUUUAUCAACAUGGAUACGGAGGAUCGAAGACGUGCACACAUGGAGCAGCAGGCAAGAGCUGCAAAGCUGCCGCUUCGCAGAUAUCAGGCCAUUAACCGUGAGCGAAUCAGCAGAGGCGAGUUUGAUGAGAAGUAUGUCAAGCGGCAAAACCUCUCGGCCGAGUUGCUCGAUACGAAGCGGCAAAAGGAUCACGUGGCAAACGCAACUGUAGCUUGCUAUGUCAGCCAUUCAGAGCUGCUGGAGAUGCUGCAUAGGCAGCUGCAGCCGCAUCAGAUCGGCGUGGUGCUAGAGGACGAUGUUGAGAUUCCGCACAAUUGGGCAGAGCUGAUAGAACAGACCGUGGCCUGCGCUCCAAGCGACUGGUCUUUGUUGAAGGUUUCUGGAUGGGGCUACAACCGAGCCACCGAUUUGCAGAAGCCAGGAGAGCCUGACGCGAGCAAUUCGUCUGGCAUGGGUUUGAUGUCGUGGCUUCAGAGUCAAGGUGGAUGGAUGUCGAGGAUCCUUUACGGUGCUCCGGCUCGCAAGGGUACGACACGGAGGAACAACAUGACAAGAAGCCAACUGAUUCAACUCACCGCCAAGGCCUUGGCCGAUGGGAACGAUCCCAGCAAUGAUCUCGUGGAUCAGUUGGAGGAAUCUUUGGGUGCCGCCCAUGAGCCUGAGCCACAAGCAGAAGAAGGCUGCCCCGACGCCUACUUAAUGCGGCGGCCCUUCAAGGAGACCUUUUGGUGGCACUUCUGGGGGCCAGCGUAUCAUUAUGCCGGAACCGGCGCAUACCUGGUGAAGGCAUCCUCCAUCCCGUCGAUUCUCCAGCACCUUCGCAGCCAACCCAUCAAUGACAUCGACGGUAUGUUGCUGUCGAAGGGUGAUUUGCGGGCAUACGAACUCUGGCCACACAUCUUCCCCCUCACCGGCGACCACAUGAGGUCCACCAUGCUGGAAUCCAGGAAGACGUCCACUGCUGGACUACUGGACUCCUUGUCCAGUCUUGUCCCUGAGCCCGAAGGCACAGCGCCGAAGGCGCUGAACACAUCUGAAUCCAAGCUGAUGAUGCGAGCUGCUUCAGCCACGAAGUCUAGCCGGAUCAAGUAGUUUGGAACCUUGCCGAAGCCAGCCAGCGCGGAGCGCCCGCAGCUACCAACUGGUCAUUUCUCGCAAAGGAAUGGAUUGAAGUGGCGGCGCA